GUCACUACUCCCAAGCAAGCCUGGCGGGCAAGGAUAUCUGAAGAGGUUGCGAGUGUUUUAUUGAGGUACUUGCUGCCUUUACGGAGCGGAGAGCAAGACUCGUAGGGGGAAGCAACGACAACAAAUAGGCAGGCCUUCACUUGCCCCUCCGAUAAUAAUUGUAGCACACCCGGCAAUUAGGCAAGGACAAACCGACCGCUGCUGCGGCGAAGAGUAUGUCGGACGUGAAGGUUGAGGAGAAGGUGCCUGUGGCGGAGGUGCUCGAAGAAGAUGACGAGUUCGAGGAGUUCGCUGAGGCGAACUGGGACGAGACUGCAGAGGACCAGGAGGACCUCCAGCAGUGGCAGGACGACUGGGACGACGAUGACAUGGACGAUGACUUCUGCAACCAGCUGAGAGCGGAGCUGGAGAAGACGAAGCCGCCGGCAACAGGACAAGCAAAACCACAGCAGUCGUGAAACUGAAGUGAAAAGAGCCCUAGAGAGCUGCUGCUGCAUGCCUCUUGUCCGGCCGAGCCGAGCCGAUGUUCCAUUUUCUUUUCUGUCGUUGUGUGCAUACGGUUUUGACAAGAUAUUGAGUUUUUUUGUUUUAUCGUAGUUGUUUUUUAACUGAUUUUCCUUUCAUCGUGCCACGGUCUUAGGGUCCGGCGGUAGACAUGAGCGCACGGACCAAUUUGACCGGAACCGGCGUGACGACCAACAGAAGAUACCUCAGUCGAAGAUAAUUGAGCCUCUUCCUGGGGCCGCUAGAAUAUUGCGGUGUGCACCGCGGCGCGCGACUGCAGUCGACGCCCGUCACGAGAGGGGGUGAUCGGCAUGCUUCUCCGCACGGCAUGUAUCGGGGUUUGGGUGGGGUAUUCACAACCGACGUCGUACAUCCUGAUGCUGCAGCUCGAGCCUUCCGCGAAUAUGAGGUGUCUAUUACAUGCCCCCACACCCCAGUAUCCAUCCGUCCACAUGGAUGGGCGCCACCCUUGCGGAGUCAUGGUGAAUCGAAUCGCGCGUGUCGCGCCAUGCACAUAUAUCGAUAUAUCUGUUCUUCGUUGUUCCGAGUGCAUCCGUUUUAUUCCACCGUUCGCCCGAAGCACGUUUUAGUGCGCCUCGAGGAGAGUCCCUGCGGUGCUGUAGCAUCUACGUCAAGGCUUCUCAUGCGGCUGCCUCGCUGCUCCUGCAAGAGUCUGAUAGACGCGUGUUCGCCGCAUCCAAGGGCAAAGUGUUGAAGGAUGCGCGGAAUAGCCCGCAGCCUGCUUCAGAGGGUCACGCGGAACAGGAGCAGCUAUUAGCUGUGUCGGAGCUUGGAUCAUACAUGGCUGGCCAACAUUAGCAGUUUUUCUCCCGCUCUCACAUUAGUGAGGGAGCCCCUGCUGUGCUGCAAGCAGCACCUACGACUCUCACGUUGGUGCGUGCUCGAGCUCCGAUUUGCCGAUGCCCUGUCGGGGCAAGUCGUGGUGUUGUGUCGGAGGUUUGGCUUUGCCUGUGCCAAAACAAGGAUGGAAGCUUGGAAAAUUGUACGCUCAUUCAGCAGUAGCCGCGUGUGUAGAACGGGGCAUAUUCCAACCAGCUACCGACGUCUUCCUUUUUCGACACAGUGGCAUGAUGCAUUUUCGCGAAAUCGCGUGGCCCCCCUUGCGACACCGCGGAGACUUUGGUGAUGACCAUCUCUCCAAGGAUGAACAAGUUGCGCGAAAUUCACUUUCGAAGGAAUAACAUUACCGUGCCAAGUGUUCGUGUCCUCCCUCUGAGGAUAUGUUUUGAGCAUCUCCAACACUCAAGCACUUCAUUGUACCUGUCCAGCCCGUGCCAGACCACGUUCCUCUCGUGGAACCUUCAACCAACGACCAGAUGAACACCGCCUCAUCGCAAGAAAAAUGCGGCCAUAUCUCUCUCCUUCUUCAGUAUGUACACAGCGAAAGGAAGCGCGAAGCUAGCCUCCAAACACACGACACGCGUAGCCCUACGUGCCU